AUGCUUCUGAUUUGUCCACAGCUUUGCAACUACGCUGACUACCCCGUGUUUAGUGUUCAGCGUCGCGUGACGCCCGCUAUCUACAGACUGGAGGAUGAAAACAACUAUUAUGUGGUAUUCGAACAGACAUGUCAGAGACCCUUCUUUGAGGACUACGAGUUCGAGAUCCGUGGCAGAAAGCUUCUUGUGAGCUGUGACAAGGAUGAUUUCUAUAAAGUGCUCGACAUGCCCGAUGACGCCGAUCUGAGACGCGAUAUUGAUUUGCGCAUGGUGAAUGGCGCACUGCUGGUAGCAAUUCCGAAAAGGAGACCGGUCAGAAUCUCCUUCAACACCUUCGACGCCUCGUUCACAGCAUUGCCUGUUCGCAAAGGAAAACACAACCGUUGCACAAGAAGACACACAGAGAUCUUAUCGGAGUCGGAGCAGCCAGAACACCUGAAACGCAUUCCUAUCGAGACGCCGCAAAAGGAGCAGAAGCAGACAGUGUCCGAGUUGAGUGGGCCAAGUGGGUCUGUGGCGCAUGUGCCGAGGGAAAUCAUGCGUCCAGAGGCAGACCUGAAGAAAAAUUAUACCACUAUGGAGCGUCACACUAGCCUUUCCCCAAAAUCUUACUCGCCAACCAUCGAGGACGUUGUCGAUGAAGAGUUUGCUCAAUGA